AUGGGAAAUUUUCGAGCCGAUUAUUUGAGUGUUCCUCAAUAUAAUCUCACGGCAUGUUAUUAUAGAAAAUCCAUGUCUCAAAUGAUUACCAAUACAAUGUGUAUGUUGUAUGAUCCGGAGCAUUUUUUGAGCGGAAAUCAUUCGUUUAAUGAGACGUGGAUGGAUCAGAGGUAAGAGACGCAGAGAAGACAGAUAGCUAGAGAUAAUAAGAUGUUAAAAAGCAGACCACGGUGGUCUGCAAAUUAACUUUGCAAGGUGUUUCGAGUUAAAAAGCAGACCACCGUGGUCUGCAAAUUAACUUUGCACAGUGUUUUGAGUUAAAAAGCAGACCACGGUGGUCUGCUUUUUAACUCAAGAUGCCAUUUUUCAGAGCUUGUAAUCCACACGACAAAAAUGGAUUCGCAAAUUUCCCCGAAAAUCUUCAAAACACUUCACAAAAUACAAGAUUUGUUUUCAUUCGAGACCCAUUUGAUAGAUUUAUCUCAUUUUACUUGGAUAAAUGUUUAAACGAGGAACAAUGUUAUAAUUGUGAACGUGAAGAUAUUCGAUGUGUAGUUCGAGAAAUGUACAAAAGUUUUUUGAAGAUUUCAAAAGGACAGAAGAAAUUAGAAUCGAGUUAUAAUAACUCAACAUAUAUGGAUAUUCAUUCAACGCCAACUACUUGGAAUUGUGAUUUUGUCCGAUUUCGAAAUGUUUAUUAUAUUAUGGUUAUUGGAUCGGAUUUGGAAGAAAGAAAGGAGCCAAUUUCAAAAUUAGUAGAUAUUUUAAGAAGAAAAAAUGUGCCUGAAAAUUAUAUCUCAAAAAUAAAAUUGAAUUUAUUAAAAUCUGAAACUAAACAUUCAACACAUUCCUCGAAAUUUCGAAAACUUGUGGAGGAAAAAGUUAGAAAUGAUAAAAUAAUUCGAGAAUAUUUGCAUAAAAUCUAUUUUUAUGAUUAUUUGGUUUUUCCCGAAUUCGAUAGAGCGCAUUUGGAUCCACCGUAUAAUAUGAGCAAUUCAAGUUUCGAUGAGAAAUAUCGAAAGGAUUAUGAGAAUAUUAUAAGAAAUCAGGAAGAUUUAUCGAUGUUGAAGAAUUGA